ACAAGCAGCUCGAACAACCCUAUACAAGUGACCCACGACCUGAAAUGAUGGAGAGCAAGAACAACGUUUGUUCCGUGAUGGAGGACGGUGAGAUGGAUGUGCAGGUCAGAGAAACCGAAGCUGAGUCAGAGCAGUCCAACAACAACAGAACCAACUGGUCAAAUGGUCAGUGUGUUGUGGCGAUGCCCAGCUGUUCGAUGUUAAACCCAAGCUUUGAUCUGUCUCUCUGCCGAGCCAAACUUGAGAAUGAUGGCUUUCAGAUUCCAGAGGAAGACAUGGAGACUCCUCUGAAGACAGCUCUGGAAGUUCCCUCAGUCAGGAGAUACAUGGUUUUCAACUCGGCCCUCUUCCAUUUCUUAAUGGCACCGGUGCUGUAUCUGGUGGUGUGGUGCGCUGUGUUCUCCACCCUCCACGUCUUUAUCACAGUUAGUGACUACUGGGUCCUCUGCCUCUCUGUCAGCCUGGUCUCUAUCUUCCUCACCACUGCCAUCAUAUUCAUCCUCCACUGCAGUAACAAGGAGAUUGACAUGAAUUUAGACGUCCGGUUAAUCCAGGUGAAUGAGAGGCUGGUUAAACACAAGCUGAUGGUGGCCGUGGUUGACUGGGUGCAGUCCUGCGCAGGAAACAUGCAGCUGUCUUUUGUGUAUUGGGACAUGUCCCGCUGUCUGAGGGCACUGACUGAAACUUUAGAGGAGGGCAGCUUUGUGGUGAAUGACACCCAGAACAAAUUGAAGAAGAAAAUGUCGCAUCUGGCCCUUGUGACGGAGGAAACGGUGGUUGAGCUCAAGGUUGGAGGGUCAGAUGUGGAGCAGGACCCUGAUGAACAGAGGCCUCUGCUGAGCCAGGAGAGCACGGGCAGCAGUACUCAAUCCAGCCCGCCAGAGGCUGCCAAAGUCACCACCAACUACAGCCUCAUCCCUGACCAGUCGUUACCUGCUCAGGCCAAAGCCUACCAGCUUCUGAUGACCUACAGUGCAGCGUACGUGAAGCUGUUGGUGUCCCAGCGGCUGUCAGGACCGACCCACCACCGCCUCCGUCCCCGGAGGAAUCACUGUACCACCGCCCCUCUCUGCCUCUGCCAGUACAUCAAAAAGCAGAUCCUUCGAUAACACAAACCUGCUUCAUGGAGCGUGACUUUUUUAACUUUGCACCUAUGCUCUGGAGACAAACUGACUUGUUGGAUCAUUUCCUUAAAUGAAGGACUUGUUUGGAGCUUCACACUCCAGUCUGCAGGCGCCUGUACUGAUGUUUUUCUUACGCCAGCUCUGUGUUUGCAUCACCUGGAUCCUCGUCUAUUUGUUCCCAACAAUUCCUGCACUGUGCCAAACGCUGUCUGGUCCGGAUGCUGUAAAACAAUGUUUGCACUCCUGUAUACAUGACAAUCACGGCCUUAGUUACUGAUGUUUUGAGUAUUUGCACAAAUAUUAUAAAAAAUCUUGUGAUUUGAUUUGCAGUAGAUUAUUUAGUAUGUCACUCAGAAAGUAACUCAGUAUAGUUUCUCAAGUUCUGUACCUUGGUACAAUGUUAAGGUACUUUAGUAUUUUCAUUUCAUGCUACUUAAUACUUCUUCUUCAGUACAGUUUAUAUGGAAGUUUCGUAAGUAGCACUACAUUAAAAAAGCUGUAAUUAAAGUUACUUUUCAUAAUAAGAUACAAAUUAAACUAGUGGUUUUCAAUC